UAGUAGAUUAAGAGAAGUAAUCAUACUAUUGAUAUGUAUGUACAUGAAUAUUUAAAAAUUAAGAAGACCAUUUGUAUUAUUUUCAGUUCUCUAUAUUAUUACGUCAUUUUAGAAUUGAUUCUUACCUUUUGAGACAUUAGUAAAAGAAUUGGAAUGACUAUAUAAAUAAAUAUUAUUUAUGGAAAUUACAGAAGAUCAACUUAUUCAAGAAGCACUGAAAGCCAAAGAAAGAGCAUAUUGUCCAUAUUCUAAUUUUAGAGUAGGAUGCUCUUUACUCACUAAAAAUAACAAAUUAUACACAGGAUGUAACGUAGAAAAUGCUAGUUAUGGUCUUUGUGUUUGUGCUGAGAGAGUAGCAAUAUGUAAAGCUGUAAGCGAAGGAGACCGUCAAAUUUCCACAAUUGUGGUUUCAUGGUACAUAAUUUAAAUAAUAUUCAUAGUGAUACUGAUGAACCUACAUUUCCUUGUGGAAUGUGCAGGUAAACAAUCAUAGAAGUAUAUACAAAAAUGUUAUUAUUAGUUUUGCUACAGUGGCAAUGAUAUUAAAAUUAUAGCUCUAGGAAAAGAUCAAUCAAAACCAAAAUAUUCAAAAGGUAGCGAUGUUAUACCAUUUGCAUUUGUUCCUAAAGAUCUCAAUGUAGAUCCUUAAUUGGAAAAAAAAUGACAAAAUAUUUAAUAUUUAAAAAUUAUUCAUAUUCCG